AUGAAUGAACAUCGUUCAAAGAAUAAAGGCUCAAAGCCAAAGAAAUCAAAAAAACCGCGUCAUAAGAUGGAAAAGGUUGUUUUUAAUGAUGAGGUAGAAGUUAUACAUGUGGAAGAUUCGUAUUCUGAUGGCAUAGAGUUUGAGGAUCCAAACAUUCCACAGGAAGAUGUUGUUUCUGUGGAUAGUUCUGAUGAGAAUCCAGUAGAACAAGCUCAAGAGUUGGAGGAAAAAGCUGACAAUCACGAGAAAGUUACCGAUGUUAUUGAGGAAUCUGUAAUUACAACUGAAGAUAUUCAAGAAGGAGCUGUCACUGAGUCAUGCAGUAACAAUGCUCACAGAACCGCAAAUGCGAUUGAACCUGGAAUGACCCACAAUGAGAUUUUGCAAAUGACACGCUUAAAUGCUCAAAAGUUGUUGAAAGGGGUCAUGGAUAAUGAUAAUUAUCAUAGAAGAAGGACGGAACAUAUCAAUAACAUUGAGCUAUCUUUAAAUGCACAUAAAAGAAAAUUGGAACGUACAAGAGAUAAAUAUCAUUUACCACUCUUUAGGCAUUUUACACCGGCCAAAGUUGCAUUGGAAAAGAGAGAAACAGGAGCAAUAAAAAACUUUCCAUUUAUUUUCUCUAAAACAGUUCAGGAACACUUACUGUUUGCAGAAAGAACUAAGGAAAAAUUUGAGAGUAUGUUUGAAAAGGUUAGCACUAACAAGGUCCAGGUUUCCAAGGAAACAGACAAUCUUGGUAUGAACUCAAUGAUUACCAAACCCAAAAAGGAGAGUACUGUGACACCAGAGAACGCAGGACAAGAGCAUGAAAAAGUUUAUGAUUGUUCGUGGAGUGAGCCAAGCAUAAAGACGUCAUCAGAUUCUGAUUGGGAUAAGGUUACAAACAUUUCUUCCGGUAGAUCAUUCACUAGGAUUGAUAGUAGUCGUUCCCUAUCCUCAAGAUCUUUGCCAUCAGUUGUACCAGAGUCUACUAGUAUAUUCUCCAGGGUUUAUGAGAAUUUCAGAACCUUUUGCCGGAAUUUUUGUGUGCAGGACAAUACUUUACAAGACACACUUUCCUAUUAUAUACACUGUUAUGCAUAA